CAAGUUGCAGUAACAGCAGGGGAGUCUGAGCCUGAAAAGCAAGAGAAAAUAAGCAAAAAAUUCAAAUGUGGAGCUGAAAUCAUGAGGCAGUAAAUACUCUGCAGGUGGACUAUUAACCCAAAUUAGAACCAGAGUAUGUCACCAUGCAGCAGGACUAGUAGCUUAGCCAGGGUAUUUAAAGGUCUGUUUAUCUUCUUUUCAACUUACACUGGAAAUGCAUCAACCUUUAUACAGACACUGGCUCUCAACCAUUCAGCGACCUGGGAAACUGAAAAAACAAAACAAAAGAACCAGCAAUGUGUGAACAGUGUUUCCUCUCUGCUUCUCCUUCCUGAUUUCUGCAACUUUCACUCUGGUGAGCUGCGGCAACCCAGACUGUUUCAUCAUAAUGUAAGAGCGUUUCAUGCAGGUUAAGGACCCAUGUUCCAAGCUGCCAUGGCAGCUCAGCUAGGAGUGUCAUGGCUCUCUGUUUACUUUACAGCAGUUCUGCUGUGUUGCGUAUGUGCAAAUAAGGAAAGGAACGUUUUCAAAGCAAGAGAGAGAACAACCAUCACGUUGCAGACAGGAGAGAGUCAGCCCCAUACCCAGGUCGUGUGGACCUUUGGAGCUGAAAACCCAAACAUCCGAAUAGCCACAAUAAAAAUGAGUGAAGUGAAAAGUGACUACGAGGAGAAUUUCAGAGACAGACUUCUUCUUGACCUCCAGACUGGAGCUCUGACUAUUACACAAGUGAAAACAAGUGACUCAGGCAAAUACCGGUUCAAUUCUAUCGGCGGCAAAAUCAUUACGAAAGACUUCCACCUCAUUGUUUACAGUUUGGUCCCUGCUCCGUCCCUCUCAACCACUUCAGCUGUCAUUACCACUAGCUCCAGCUCAGUGACUGUAGAAUGCUCAGUCCACAACAGCAGAGAGCUGACGCUCUCAUGGUACAGAGGGAAGGAAAGGCUGAAGAAAACAAGCAGUCCCAAACUGUCCUCUAAGCUGACUCUUUCACUGGAGGUAAACGCUACUGACAGAGACAAUCACAGCUGUGUGGCUGAAAACCCAGUUGAGAAAAAGACAACCAAACUGCCUGGAAAAGACAUUAACCUGGAAAACACAGAGAACGGCAGCUGGUGUCAAAAUGAAGUCCCUAUCAGGCUGAUUAUCUCUGCUGGGCUUGCCUUGGUUUUGAUUCUUCUUCUGGUGGACCACGUCAGACUCUGCCAAUGAGCUAUGAACUGCAUACUCGGGGAACUCCAAUUUUUACUGGCUAUCACGCUUUUCUACAUUUUUGAGCAGAGACAAUAUAUGCAUGUCAAUUCUCAGUGGAUGAUUGAAAAUGAUUCUACCAGUAACUCCAACAUGACCUGCUAAAUGGAAUUUUGUGUUGCAGGUUUUACAAACAAAACAAUUACCCAAACAAAUCUAAGAAACAAACCUUGUGUGCAAGGGUUAACUAGGCUUAUAAUAAUCAUAACACGGUGGACUCUGCAUUAAAUGUUGUUGGUUGUAAAGUGAAGAGUUUUGAUACUCAGUCGUAAGUAAUGGGUUUUUAGUUGAUCUGAUGAUCCUGAAACCUAAAAAGUUGUAGUUGUUAUCACCUUUCUCAGUGUUGUUGUUGGUUCCUUGUUUUCUUGGAGCUCCUUCUGUCUUUGAGUUCUACAUUUUUUUGGUACUCAUCCUGUUUUAUAUGUUUGUCCUUAAAAAACAGAAGCAAUGGUGUCUACAUGUUUGUACUCUCCAUUUUGGGUCCAUUUACACCCAUGAACAACAAAUUUACUCUUCUGAAUCUUUAUUUUGUCAUCCUUGCUUCCUCCUACCAUUGUUCAGUCAUGUUUUAUUUUUAAACUCUCUUUUGCUGACUAUUGUUGAAUUGUGUGUAAUCAGCAUUUUGAUAACCAUGUGUUUCAUAUAGGGCUAGGUUUAGUGUUGGUGAUAAUUUACAAAGCUAUCUACAGAAGUGCAAACUGUAUAGACUUAGUUUAUUUUUGCUUGCUUAAUAUGUCAAAGGAGUGUUACGGAUGAGAUGUGUCCCAUUUUUACUUAAGUAAAGAUAGAGAUAGAGAUAGAGAUAGAGAUAGAGAAAUAGAGACAGCAACUUUUUUCUCUCUGUCUGAUAUUAAAUCAGACUAAAGAUUUCCUGUUAGGAUUUCUGAGAAGAUUUCUAAUUGAUAAAUACCUGAACAAUAACAGACUUGUUUGUCUCUUUAAGUCAGAAGUUUAACUACAUUAGUAUUUGGUAGAGCCAUCUGUAUACUUUGGGUCAAACAUUUUGGGUUUCCUUCCACUGUCAAUAUGUGCUGUGGUUUAGGACCCAGAGUGCAGCAGGGGUGAUGCAGAGUCAUAUAGAAUAUACUUAUUUUAACAAAUAACUGAAACUUACAUGGUGACAGCAACAGUCUGACAACAGAGAAUUCAGCAAGAAACCAGGAACUUAAAUAAGCUGGGAAAUAAUCAAGAGGAUUGCCAUGAUUCAUCUUGAGUACUUAAAGCAGCCUUCUGAUCUUCAACCUCCUAGGUAUGUUCCAUAUUAUUGAGCCGAUUAUGGAUCCAACCAUGUAAUUGAUUAAGUUACCUUACCAGGUUAAAUGUCACUUUUUAGUAUUUUGUGUGAAAUAAAUUUCUAAAUAAAUCCGA